AUGCAAAAGUUACAACUAUCGCUAGCUAUUAUAAAGCCUCAUGCCGUAAAGAAUCCCGUCGCUCUUUCAUACAUUAGAAACGUAAUUAAAAACACAUUCGUUGUCGUAAAAACUAAAAGAAUUCUAUUAGAUAAAGAGACAGCUGGAAAAUUUUACAAAGAACAUGUUGAAAAAUUCUUUUAUAACCGCCUAGUUACAUUUAUGGCUAGUGGCAGUAUAGAUUUACACAUAAUUGGCCAUACAAAUGCAAUAGAUUUGUGGAGACGAAUGCUUGGACCUACCAAAGUAUACCAUGCCCAAUUUAAAGAACCUUAUUGUUUGAGAGGUAUGUUUGGUAUAUCUGAUACAAGAAAUGUGGCUCAUGGAUCAGAUUCCGAAGUGUCAGCUGAAAGAGAAAUUAAGUUCUUUUUUCCAGAUUUUUCCUUUCACAACUGGCAUGAACAUGAAGAAAUAACUUAUAGAAAAGGGCCUAUUAUAUUUAAUCAUCAUUUAUUCCAACACGUUAGAAGGCUU